CGUACUUUUAUCGUAUCGUAUGUAUUAUACUCUACUCUUUCGCCUGUACGUUGACUUAUACAACCCGCCGAAGCCGAUACCGAUACCACUGUCGAGCUGCUAUGGUACUUUUUCGACCAGUCGAUAAAUGUAGUUGGGAGAUCAUCGUUCCAAGUACCGUGCGUCGUAGUUUUUAGCUUCUGCUUUUUCACCGCGUUUACUAUUACAUAAGAUUUAGUUCGAAUUUGUUGCGUUUUCGCAUUACUACAUAAUUAUAUACAUAAUCGUAGUAUUCAUUUUCGCGAAUACGAUAUUGUCAAAGUUCAUCGCGAAUUCCAGUCACAAGCAGAAUGUCGUUUAACGAGGAUGAAGCCGAUGAUGUCUACGACGAAGGUGGAGUGAAACUGAAAAACCCAAACAUCGAACUGAUGGAUCAAGAUAUCCUUUAUCAUUUAGCUCUGGGCAAUGAAUCGCACGAUCUUGUAGAAAUGUUCGGAGAUGUGAAAUUUGUAUGUAUGGGAGGAACUCCUAAAAGGAUGGAAAAAUUCGCUUACUACAUAAUGGAUGAAAUUGGUUUUAAACUACCCACGGGAACGUGUCUGCAAGAUAUAAGUAGAUUUUCAUAUAGGUACGCCAUGUUCAAAGUCGGACCAGUAUUAUCAAUUAGCCACGGAAUGGGAGUACCUUCGGUGUCGAUAUUACUUCACGAAAUCAUCAAACUUAUGUAUCAUGCAAAAGUCAAAGAUCCGAUAUUCUUCAGAAUUGGCACCUGCGGUGGCAUAGGCGUCGAACCAGGCAGCGUUGUUAUUUCCGAAGAAGCAGUCGACGAGCUACUGAAACCUUUCUACGAAGUGGCUGUUUUAGGUAAAAUUGUGAAACGACCGGCUUUACUUAAUAAGAGACUUAUUCGCGAGUUGAAAGCUUUGGCAACGCCGGAAGACCCGUAUGCGAUAGUUACUGGUAAAACGAUGUGCUCCAAUGAUUUUUACGAAGGUCAAGCUCGUAUGGACGGAGCUUUUUGCGAUUUUUCCGAAAUCGAAAAGCUCGAAUACUUAGAACGUCUGCAAAAAAACAGCGUGGUCAACAUUGAAAUGGAAUGUCUUGCCUUAGCUGCUUUAACUUAUCACGCUGGUAUCAAAUGUGCCAUAGUUUGUGUCGCAUAUUUAGACCGUUUAAAACACGAUCAAAUUCACCACCCGAAGGAAGUACUAGAAGAAUGGCAGCAAAGACCGCAAGUUCUAGUAGCUCGCUACAUCAAACGUUAUUUACAGAAAAAAGGCGCCUCUUUGUUCGAUGUAAAUCACUCAUAUAGCCAUUUAUGUAGCUCCGUUUGCGUCAAAAGUCCCCGCAGACUUAAACUUGUUCAACAAGAAUCUGAAAGUUACGAUUAAGCUUCGUUUAUAUCGAUUCGUUUAACACUUUUUUUUCGCUUGUCUCUAGGUGUAAUUUUACCUACUUGCUGAAUUGCUAUUCACUUACAUACGUAUAUUUUUAGCUUCCUUUAUGACAAAAGGUACCUACAACAUAAUAUAUUUUAUUGUCACAUUCCCUCAUUCGCGGUCAUCUUGGUCAUCUUGUAUUUUAUUGGCUGUGUUGUAUGUUGUAUUUUUCUAUCGUGUUCUAGUAAAAUGGCUUCGAUACAAAAAUAUGUAGGUACUUCAUCUCUUGGCAAAUUCCAAGACGAGAAAUCCGAACGAUAUCAAAAUAUAAAAAAUAUUGCGGCGAUAUACGUACUUUAAAAUUCUAAUCGUAUAUUUUAUCUUUUUCGAUAUUUUGGUAAAAUAUUUACAUUGUUAUAUUGCAUUUCAGUAGUGAGUCUUGUUAUAAACUAAGUACAUACAUGAACAAUGCACGUAGAUAAGAUACGGAUAUAUUUUAUGAUAAAAUACCAUUUGACCGUUGAUAAUUUAGCGUGCAACAUUCCUCAUUAUUUUAUAGGUACCUGUGCCCAUGUGAAUAUUUUUAUAUUUACUUUCGUAAUGAUAUUUGUUAUGUUACAAAUUUUGAAUACUCAUCCAAGUAUUUCCAUUAUCAUUAUUCAAUAUGGUGAUUGCGGAUUUACAAGUAGCAUCAUUGUUACUCCUUACAUAGAUUAGAUGUGAUACGUCAUACUAUUUUUUUUUUCGAAUUCCAUUCAUCGUUAUUUUUAUUUGAUACCUUUACCUACAUAUCUUCGCUUUGUACAGCUUUUAUUCUCUGAUUAUAAAAAUUUAUAAUUAAAAAAUCAACUUACGUAUAUAUUUUAAUGAAGUUUUUUUAUUUUUUAUUUACUUCAUAAUUUCAUCUUUGCGAUACUUUCGUUUUAUUUUGUAUUUGCUUAAGUUAUAUAUUUUAUGUAUAUUUACGUAAUGUAUGUACCUACAAUUGAAUUACUUCCUACUGUGCUCAGAUGCGUGCAUACGAUAUCGUUAUUUUUUUUACCCCCAAGUUUAAUGGAAAGAAAAUUAUGGACUGUUGGUUGUUAUUGAUGUUGUUGUUCCUGAUAGCUUAAUUUGUACCUAUACUAUCCUAUGGAUUACUAGUUAGUAAAUUAGAUCGAGAAUUUUCUUCAAAAAUUGUAUUUCUUUUUGAAAAAGUUCAAAAUUAUUACGAAGCAGUUCUACUCAUACCAAUAAUUACCAGACUGGGUAUUUUUUUGAAAAAAUUAUUCGAACACGUGUGUAGAAAAGUUUACAGAAAUUGCGUAAAAGUUAAAACUCAAGUUUCGUAGUAUAAUCUAAUUACCUAAAUACAAGAGAUAUCGUGUCGAAUAAUUUUCCUCGUAAUGUACCGAAUAAAACUACACGUUUGUUUAUUUUCGUUACAUUGUUCACAUCCUAUAAAGCCAUGAGGCAUUGUAGAAAACUUCCAAGUAUGUACAGCUUGGCAAAUGUGCUCGUAGUUUUAGAUAACCUGCGUACCUAAAUUGACUCAUUGUUUUUGUUAUCUUUGUUGACUCGUACCUUUCAUAUUUUUCUUAAAAUCAGAUAAUUAAAUUUUUUACGGUAAAUGUUUCAUUUUGAGCCAAGAGCGAUGAUUACUUAUUUGAUAAAUUUUCUUCAUUUUAAUAAUUUCUUUGUUUAGAUACUUUUUUCCAUCGUUUUUAUUCGUACCUUUCUUUAAUCUCUCUGUAAUACUUAUUGUAAAAUGCAAUUAUCAAGUACAAAAUGAAUUACAUCUUGUAUGUAGUUUAUACGGAGUUUAGAUUUUAUAUCGAGUUGUUUUUUAUGGUUUUGAAUUGAAAUUUUUAUUAAUUUUUACUUUGAACAAAAAAUAAUAAUUAUCGUAUGUUUUUUAUCUCGUUGAAUUUGGCCUACGUAGUUUUUUUUUUUUUUUUUUUUUUAAUUUUUUACUCAUAUAAGGUUUCAUGCUAUGCUCAAUGCUGGUUUAGCUACCUAUUCAGCCUACGUAUAAUUUUUUUUUUACGAUUUUACCUUCCUAUCUACUUACUUGAGAAUUUCCCUCAAAACGUAAUCCAGUUUAAGAGAAAGUACUCUCUUAUAUUACAUAAAUAAUUAAGUAUAAUAAUUAUGAAUUUUGAAUUUUUUAAAAAUUGUUUAUGCUUAUGCAUUCGAGGAACUUAGCUAUUAUAGUUCUAGUUACUGAUAUUGUUAUUCGUACGUAUAUAAUAAUUAUGUUGAAGAUGAAAUUAAAGAGCUUCAGUGGUGACAUCAUUUUUAUACGAUAUACCUGCAAAAAGGUGUUUACAAAAUAUAUUUUCGUUUGAAUUUUAUUAAAAUUACGAUUACUGUUUAAGAUGUACGUGGUCGUGGUCGUAUAAAUGUUUCUCUAUAUUAUUUAAAAGCAAAUGCGGAUGAAUAUUCGUGUAGAUGGUAAUUUAUUUUUUUUGAAUAAGUAUGUUGUAUUUAUGGGUACGUGUGGAAUUGUGUAGCAUUCAUAGGGUGACUCGAAAUGUUUGCUGAAUUAAUUAAUAUAUCGUCCUGUAGGUAAAACUAUAUUUUUUUCAAAAUAGUGAGUGUUGAUUAGUCUUUCUAGUUAGAAUCACAUUCCUCAGAAAUGAACAAAAUUUCGAUAUUGAUAUUUUUUAGAAUCUCAGAGAGGUAUGUAGGAUUCAGAUCAUGUCGGAACAAAUCGAAACCGAGCAUAGUUCUCAUCUUAAUAAUUAUUAGAUUCGCAAAAUCUUGAAUCAAAAUUAUUUCAAAAUGAUCGGAAUUCUGAAAAAGAUAGGUACGUAAGUCACCCUGUAGAAUAUUUAUUGGAUGUCGAUGGACACAUUUUUUCACAUUUGUAUGUACCUAUCAUAAUACUUAGCAAGUGAAAGAGUAAGUUAAAGUAUAUAAUAUUGCGAAAAGUAUUGCAAUUAUUUAAUUUUGAUUGUUUUUAAAUUUUUAUUAUAUUUUAUCACAAAUUUACUCAUUGAAAUGUUUAAAUAAAAGUUUGGAAAAUUUGAUUU